UCACAGAAGUUGUUCUUGAUUGAACUUGCGCACUGCUUAGAAGAUGGAUAAAGCGAGUAAAUCAGUCCGUGAUGGGCGCACCUACAAAGAGAGAUCGCAACCCGAAGAGCGCAAGAAAUGGGGACUUCUCGAAAAGCAUAAGGAUUACUCUGCCAGAGCGAAGGAUUUCAAUAAGAAGAAAGCAAAGCUUAAGGCGCUCAAGCAGAAAGUGCUCGAGAAGAACCCCGAUGAGUUUUACUUUGGGAUGGUGGGCAAAAAGGGCCCUGUGAAAACCGGCAAAAGAUAUACGGGAACUGUGAACGGAGAUCGAGGCAAUCAAAUUUUAAAUCAGGAUGCUGUGCGAUUGUUCAAGACACAAGAUCUAGGCUAUGUACGGACGGAGAGAAAUAAGGCAUCGAAAGAGGUUGAAUAUUUAGAAAAGAGAGCCGUGGGCAUCAAAGCACGUGGAAAGAAAGUUGUAUUUGUGGAAGACGAGGAAGAACAGAGAGAAAAGGCGGGAGAGGACGAUUCAGACAUGGAUAUGGAGAUGGAUUUUGAUUUUGAGGAUGAUAGGUCUGUUGACGCGAAAAAGGAUGAUGAUACAAAGGAGGACAUGGCAACCAGAAAUCUCCGAAAACUUCGGGAAAAGGAGGCGGAUAAAUUGGAAGUUAAAUUAUCAAUUGCACGCCAACGGCUAAAAGCCCUGACCGAUGCAGAGGUGGCCUUGGAUUUACAACGGGCGAAAAUGGCCAAAUCUUUAACCAUCGGCGGUGUCAACAAGAAUGGAGUCAAGUUCAAGGCACGGGAAAGGAAAAGAUAAAAUUGUUUAAGCGACCUUCAGUCAUAUCGAAGGCUGCAUGCUGAAACGAUAAUGGCCAAAGAGAAUUAUACUGGGUGCGACCCCUUCAUCGACCUGCGAUAAUAAUGAGAUACCCCGGGGAUAGCCCAAGGAAGGAAAUUA